AUGGUUGAGAUGAGUCAGGCUGAAACGAGUGCGACUCAAACGAGUCAGGCUGGCAAGGGUGGCGUUUUUGGGAGCAAGAGAGCAGCCGUUGCAGCUGCUGUGAGAUCAGCUGCUGCUCUGGUUGGUAGUGUGCCUAGUAGACUAAAGGAAUCUGCUGCUCCCAUAAAGGAGGUGCCACGUAAACUGAAACGAGCUGCUGACGUGGCUGUGGAGGCACCUAGAGUAUUGACCCAGGCUGCAGGUGAGGUGGCUAAAAAGGCUGGGCAGAAGCUGACUCAGCUGCCGGAUUCUGUCUUUGACUUGGGUCAACGCACUGGUCAACGGGUCAAAGGCAGGCUGGGAGACCUGGGAGGUCCCAAGGCAGGGCAAAAGCUGAGCCAGCUGCCAGAUGCUGUCUUUGACUUGGGUCAACGCACCGGUCAACGGGUCAAAGUCAGGCUGGCAAACAUGGCAGGUCACAAGGAUGGGCAGAAAUCGGGCCAACUGCCAAUUUAUGUCUUUGACUUGAGUCAACUGCCAGAUUCUGUCUUUGACUUGGGUCAACGCACUGGUCAACGCGUUAAAGGCGGGCUGAAAGAUCAGGCUGGUGGGUGGAGGAGGAGACUGAGUCAACGCUCGGUUGACCAGUCCAAUGCAGCGAGUACAGCUGGAGAUGGGUUACAGGACAACACAGGAGCAGCCCAGCAAGUCUCAGCAGGUGUAGCUUUGGCAGACCUAGCUUCGGCAGACCUAGCUUCGGCAGGGGUUGGAUCAAGUUCGGGUUCAAAGAAGACACGUCAGAAGCGGGUUAGAGUGCAGAUUCGACCCUCUGUAGCAUCGAAAGAACAAGGGCAGACGCUCAAGCAGCACGCACAGGCGUUGCAACAGCAGUCCCAGGCGUUGUUGAAAGAGGCGUUAAGGUGGAGAGCUGAAACACUUGCAGACGCUACUGCUGCCACUCCUGAGAGAAUCCGGGCUUCAAGAAAAGCGGCCACUGCUGCUGUCAGCGUCUCUCUCUUAGCAACCACUGCCGCCGCCGCAGCUGCUGCUGCGGCGGCGGCUGCUGCUGCUCGCGGGGGAUUGGUGGUGGGUUCUGUUGGCGGCAGUGCUGCCUUUGCUCGUCAGAUUGCUAGGAGGCGAUACGCUGCUGGUGGUGCUGCUGCUGUGGUGGUGGUGGGAGGUGAAGGAUAUGCCACUGCGGAUGUUGCUGCUGGUGGUGUUUUGUGCGGUGAUGUGAAGCAUGUGCAGCUGGUGUCUUGGAGACGGGGAAGAAAUGGACAGGAGCUGGAGGAGACUGCUGAGCAGCGGUGGUGGAGGGAGAAGAGUGGGAAGAGAAGGCAAACAGGAGGAGAGAACUGGAUGGCUGGUAGCAGUGGCAGCAGUCGUGAUUCUGAUAAGGAAAGAAUGAGCCGGCACAGAGCAUGGGAGGGAGGCAAGGAGAGUGUUAGAGUGGGAGUGUGGGAUGAGGCAGUAGCACGGGGCAUUUCGGAGGAGACAGUGAGGGAGGCACUAGAAGGGUUGCAGCCGCUGCCUGCUGUGGUGGCCAAGGUGACUGGUGCAGCUGAGGUGGUGCUGACUGCCCGGCAGUAUGUGCACAGGAUGGUGAGUGAAGCUCGGGUGCUGGAGGGCAGGCAGGUGAUGGAAGCUCACAGGAAGCUUCUGGCGGAGAUUGAGGAGAUCUACGGCGUGCCGGCCAAUGUGAUGACUGCGCUGUGGGGCAUUGAGAGCAGCUAUGGGAAGAACAUGGGCAAGUGGGACGCCAUUCAAGCUCUGCUCACCCUCGCGUACCGUACAAAGCAGCCCCGCCGUGCAGCUUUCUUUCGGGAAGAGCUGAUGGAAGCGCUGUCGAUCCUGCAGCUCAACCAAGGACCCUCCACAGCAGAGCAUUCCAGCCUGGCACCUCUUUCAACAGCUGCAAGCACAGUGGGAGAGAGGAGGGUGCGGUUGCUGGGUUCGUAUGCAGGGGCCAUGGGGCAGUGCCAGUUCAUGCCUUCGUCUUUUAAGGCAUAUGCGGUGGACUACGAUGGAGAUGGCCGGAGAGGGGCGAUGGGGCAGUGCGAGUUCAUGCCAUCAUCUUUUAAGGCCUACUCGGUGGACUCUGAUGGAGAUGGGAGAAGCGGUGAGUUGUUUCUGAGUGCGACUAUUGGCAACGGGAGAGAGGAGGGUGCCGCUGCUGGGGUCGUAUGCAGGGGCCAUGGGGCAGUGCCAGUUCAUGCCAAGGCCUAUGCUGUGGAUUACGAUGGCGAUGGGAGGAGAGGGGCGAUGGGGCAGUGCCAGUUCAUGCCUUCAUCUUUCAAGGCUUAUUCUGUGGACUAUGAUGGAGAUGAGAUGAGAGUUCUGUCUUCUUGUGUCGCCCUCGUGCCUCUCUUUUUCCCUUCUCCCCUCCCCACUUCGCAUGCAGACAUCUGGACAUCUGUUCCCGACGUGCUCGCAUCAAUGGCAAACUACCUCAAGUGCAACCGGUGGCGACGAGGGGAACCGGUGGGGGUUGAGGUGAGCAAAGGACGAGUGCUGAAGACAGAUAAUGGGGUGGCACGGCAUGGCUCCCAUGCUCCUCAUGCUUCUCAUGCGUGCUCGCAUCAAUGGCGAACUACCUCAAGUGCAACCGGUGGCGACGAGGGGAACCGGUGGGGGUUGAGGUGA